AUUCGAAUUUGACAUUUGCGUUUUAAUUUUAGUUUUUUCAUAAAAUAACAAUUUGAUUAUUUUUUUAUAAAAUAUUUAAGACUUUUUGUAAAUAUUUAAAGUUUGUAUUUUAAUCAGCAACUGUAAUGGAAACAAUAUUUCAUGAAAAGCAAGAAGGAUCAUUAUGUGCACAACAUUGUUUAAAUGCUUUAUUACAAGGUCCAUAUUUUACACCAGUUGACUUAGGCACGUUAGCACAACAAAUGGACGAUGAAGAACGUAUGAGAAUGGCUGAAAAUGGUGAAGAAAGUGAAGAAUAUCGUACGUUUUUAGCACAACCAUCUGGUAAUAUGGAUGAUAGUGGUUAUUUUUCUGUACAAGUGAUAAGUAGUGCAUUAAAAGUAUGGGGUCUUGAGCUAGUGCCAUACACAAGUACAGAAGAUCGGGCUAAAGAAGCAUUUAAAUGUCCUAGUAGUAUGCAAGCAUUUAUCUGCCAUUACAGAGAUCAUUGGUUUACAGUUAGGCGAUUAGGAAAACAAUGGUUUAAUUUAAAUUCAUUAUUAACAUCACCUGAACCUAUUUCGGAUACAUAUUUAGCAAUGUUUCUUGCACAAUUACAGCAAGAAGGCUAUUCAAUAUUUGUUGUAUUUGGAGAAUUACCUGAAUGUGAAGCAGAUCAUAUUUUAUCUUAUACACCUGUUCAUUCUAUAAAAAGUACAACAACUGCCCCUUCACAGGAUUCAAAACAAGUAGCUAUUAGUCAAGAGGAUAAAGACUUUCAACAAGCAUUAUUAAUGAGCUUAGAAGGUAAUAAACAAAUUCCUUCCACAUCAUCACUUAUUUCUACAUAUAAUGAUCCUGAAUUAGAGAAAGCAUUAUCGUUAAGUUUAGAUGAAAAUGAAAAUUCGUCAGAUGAAGAAACUCAAUUACGAAAAGCAAUAUCAAUGAGUUUAGAAUGUAAAACACCUUCAAAGCCAGCAACACCAUGUGCAGAUCCCGAUGAAGUACGUCAGAAGCGGCUCGCGUUUUUGAAUCAAAUAACAUCAACCUCCUCAACUUCAACAUCGAAACCUACAUAACAUUAACCUUUUUUACCUUAAUUAUAGGUUUAUUUAAUAAUAUGGCGGAAUAAUUAUAUUAAAUUUAUUACCCAAAAAAUAUAUAUUAACGCUGACCACUAAAUAAAAUUUUAGUUUGGAUUCCUCAAAUUUUAGACCUGUGUUUGAAUGUCGAAAUGUUGAAUAACACUAGUUAUAUGACCUGAAGGUUAAUUUUGUAUUUAAUUUUUUACGAAUUAAUGAACCCUAGCCAAAAAAAUACCUGAAAAAACAACCAUGGUUGAAACUGCACCGUUCAUUUUCGAUCGUUAAUGGACAUUAUUUAAUGAAUAUAAUAGUAAUUGGUCGUUUAACCUUAA